UUUUAACAUUGAGUGCCAUCUCUGUGAUAUACUGUUUGGUAUCAACCACAUCUCUCAUUUCACAUCAAAUGUUAUAACUACACCGUUGUGUAGUGUAGAAGCUCUUUGUUUCACAUAUAGAUUAGAAAGUCUUUGGAGAUUGUGAGAGUGCAUUUCUGGAAAUAUUUGUGCAACUUCUUUGAAUCAGUUUAAGUCUGUUGUGAGUUGUGUUGUCAUCGUCCGUUGUUGGUACCUGCCAGUGCCUGCAUUGUUGCUGAUCGAUUAUGGCUUUGGCUGAGUUGUGUGGGUUUGAUAAAACAUUUAAUUUUAAUGGAGUUCCCAAAGAUAUGGGGGCUGACAUUGAUGAAAACUUUUUCACUGGGAACUUUGUUUCUCAUACGGCUUUAGCUUUGCCUCCAUUCCCAGACCCUGCUGAGAAUCUCCAAAAGUUUUCCGUUGAUGAAAGUGGUAAACAGUUAAAAAUUAAGUUUGAUCAUGGAACCACGACUCUUGGAUUUCAAUAUCAAGGUGGUGUGGUUUUGGCAGUAGAUUCCAGAGCAACUGGUGGCCAAUACAUAGGUUCACAAACUAUGAAGAAAAUUGUGGAGAUAAAUGAUUACCUACUAGGUACUUUGGCUGGUGGUGCUGCUGAUUGUGUCUAUUGGGAUAGAGUUUUAGCAAAGCAGUGCAGAAUGUAUGAACUUCGUAAUCGCGAAAGAAUUUCUGUUGCUGCUGCCUCAAAGUUAAUGGCAAACAUGGUUUAUAAUUAUAAGGGAAUGGGGCUGAGUAUGGGAAUGAUGAUAUGUGGUUGGGAUAAAAGGGGACCUGGUUUGUACUAUGUUGAUAGUGAAGGCACUAGAACUGCUGGCAAAGUGUUUUCUGUUGGCUCUGGAUCUGUGUAUGCCUUUGGCGUUUUAGACUCAGGUUAUCGCUGGGAUCUUACUGAUGAAGAAGCUUAUGAUUUAGGUCGUAGGGCAAUUUAUCAUGCCACUCAUCGUGAUGCUUACAGUGGUGGUAUUGUUAGAGUUUAUCAUAUGCGCAGUACAGGCUGGAUACACAUCAGUAAUGAAGAUUGCAAGGAUAUUCAUUACAAAUUUGUGGAAGAGAAAGAGAAUGCUGUGGCUGGAGCAUCUGAUGAAGAUGAUGUAGAAGAAUUAGUCCAACGCAUCAAAACAUCAAGAUCUGCAACUAUAGAAGUGAAAAUUCCCAAAGAUUGUGUGGGAGUUGUAAUAGGUCGUGGUGGUGCAAACAUUAAAGAAAUUCAAGAUAAAUCAGAAACCAAAAUCAACUUCAAAGAUGAACAACCUGAAGAGAAUUUUCGAGUGUGCAUUAUUCGUGGUACACCAGAGGCAGCUCAACUGGCAGAGUCAUUAAUACAUGAAUUUAUUUCCAAUCAGCCAUUGAUUGAAGUUACUACAGUUUUGGUUCCACAAAAUGCUUGUGGACGUAUCAUUGGGCGAAAUGGGGAGAAUAUUCGAAGCAUUUCUCGGGCAUCAAGUGCCAAAAUCACUGUUGAAAGUUCAAGCCCUGCUGGACCAGUUCGACGUGUAUUUAUUAAGGGGACAAGUGACCAAAUAGAAAUAGCAAAAGCUCUCAUUCAAGAGAAAGUUGAGGAAGAUGCUGAAAUUCGUAAGAAAAUGGAGAGCCUCAAUUCACGUCCUCCUCGAGGAGGCAAAGAAACUGUCCACUACUUGACUGCUGGCCCUGAAGCACAGAUGGUAAGCAAUGAAAGCCCAGUUGAAAAUGGAGACGAAAAAACUGUUGAAAGGAGAAAGAGAGUAAAAAAACUGAAAAGAAGACUAAAGAAAAGUGACAGGAAAGAAACUAAUUUGAAGAUCAAACAAGACAAAGUUUUGAUGAAGGUCCAAAGUGAAACUGAUGCUUCUGAGAAAUUAGCGUCGGUCAGCAGUGAUGGUAGUGUAGAAGUCUAUGUCUCAGCUGUCAGCAGUCCUUCCACGUUUUGGGUGCAGAUGUACGGUCCAAGAGCAGUUGACUUGGAUUUUUUAGUUGAGCAAAUGACUGACUAUUACAACAAAGAGGAAAAUCAAGAAUUACAUGCAAUAACAUCUAAACUUCAGGAGAAUCAAAUGGUUGCAGCUCUAUUUGAUGUAGAUAAGAAAUGGUACCGAGCUAGGGUUGUUAAAGUGAACUAUGAUGAAUACAAUCCGGGAGAUAGUGAAGUUGAUAUCUACUUUGUGGAUUAUGGUGACUCUGAGAUAGUUCCACAAAAUCAGUUGUUGCGAUUAAGAACAGACUUCUUGCAGCUUCGUUUCCAGGCCAUUGAAUGUUCAUUGGCAAAUGUGCAGCCCAAGGGUGAUUCUUGGACACCAGAAGCAGUUGAUGCCUUUGAGUCUUUGGUACAUGUUGCUCGAUGGGUGAAGUUAACAGCUCGUGUGCAAUCCUACCAAGAAGGCAAAGGACUAGGUACCCGGGCCACUGGAUUGCAGGCACCUUGCAUCGAUUUAUUUGACUCAAGAGGAUCUCAGGAUAUCUCAGUUGCAGAGGAAAUGGUGAAGCAAGGAUUUGCUGUGUGGAGGAGUGAGAGUCCGCGCAGGAGCACCAGUCUGACUCGAAGCCCAAGGGCAUCAGCUUCUCCUUCUCCAAUAAGUUCAAGGCUCUCUCUUCUCUCUGACAAAGUAGCAGGGGAUUCCUCCAGUAGCUCAGCCACACUCACUCAGAGUUCCGGGAGCAAAGAGGAGAGUAACACCGUACUUAAUAAUGAAACACGGCUCGGUGCUACUUCAGAGGGCAAGGAGGAGACUGGAAACUCAGUGGAAAAGGCCAAAAAUGAAAAAGAAGCAUUUCCAACCAUAUUGAAGGAUCAAGAGGACCUUCCCUUAAAUAGCAACCAUAGUCAGCCUUCAUUGUCUAGAUUUGGAAAAGAGAAAUUUCAUCAAACAUUCAGACAUUCAAAGCCUACUGGCAACAUUCUGCCUCCAGAGGCAUUGAGUGAUUUUGAGGAUGAUGAGGUUGAUGACACUUUUGAUGCCCCUUGAAGUUAAUGAUAUUUUGCUUUUAUUUUACUGUUAUAAAAUUAGUCUAAGCGUUCUUGAUUUAAAAUAUUGACAGGUUUAUUUCAAAAUGUCAUUUUACUCUGUACAAACAAAACUAAAAGUCUGAACACCAUUCAGUUUUCUUUAGUAUAAUUUUGUAUGCCUAAUAUAAUGUUACCAUGUUGUGUUUGCUUUGAUCUAUCCUGGAAUUUUAUUGUGGUAUAUAGAUUUUUAAUCUUUAUGAAGUUUAGAAGCAUAUUUUUUGAAAGCUGAGAUCAAGUGUUGAAAUGCAAAGAUAUAUUAGUGCCAUUGUAAUUUGUGUCAAAAUUUUUUACAUGUUACAUGAAUAUUCAGUAAGAAAAAUUCUGAUUAAUUGUCUUUUAUUAAUGUUUUCAGAGGAAAUGGUAAAAGUUUUUUUUGAAAAAGAGCUUGAAUUGUGAUCAAAUAUGGUCGUUUGUUUAUUGAGAAGCUUGUGAUAAAGUGAGUAUUUUCUUGUUAACUUAUCUUUACAUUGUUGCUGAAUGUAACAAUUCUUUUGAUUUAGUAAUAGUAAAAGUUGUGAUGUAUUUUUGUAUGAAUAGUUCCUCAUUUUGUGAAAAUGAAUAUUUGUGUUUAAGUAGUUGCGUCUUUUUUUUCUUUGCCUUUUGUCUAGAAUUACCAUUUCCAGUUCCUUGUAUAAUGCUCACUCUAGAAUGUUAAAAAAUAUUGAACACAUAAGAAAUGAGAAGUAUUUUAUAAUGUAUAUCUGAAGUAUUUAACAUGGUAGGAUGAAGGAAAAAUUUAAAUAUAAAAAAGGUAAUAAUUUUGCAUAAGUAACAAUUUUUUUGUGCCAUUAAAUUUGUAUAAGGAAGUUGAAAUACUCGACUGUAAAUUCAUAUUGGUCCAUCAAAUAUUGUGGAAAAUAUGAACAAUAAUUUAUGGUUGCACCACUUUUUUCCACAUCUAAAAAUUUAAAAGAAACUUAUAUUGAAAGUGAACAUUGUCAUUUUCUUCUCUAUACGUUUACAUACAACACUAAAGUACCUGUGCUAGAACACUCACAUGUUAAAUUCUACCCUCUUCUCUAUCUUUCCUUUUCCAUAUUAAAAGAGGAAGUUUUUUACAAAACAUGUUUAUUUGUUUAAAAACCCUACUUCCAAUGUACUUACAGAAUUUAAAAUAAAAAAA